AUGGUCCUUUCCUUUAUCCUGGUUCAGAAUCGCCAGGGGAAAACGCGCCUGGCGAAAUGGUAUUCACCGUACAGUGAUGAAGAGAAAGUCAAACUGAAAGGCGAGGUCCAUCGCCUCGUCGCCCCCCGAGAUCAGAAAUACCAGUCCAACUUUGUCGAGUUCCGCCGGAGUACCAAGGUCGUCUACCGCAGAUAUGCCGGCCUGUUCUUUUGCGUCUGCGUCGAUGCGAACGACAACGAGCUAGCCUAUCUCGAGGCCAUCCAUUUCUUUGUCGAAGUGCUGGACCAGUUCUUCGGCAAUGUGUGCGAGCUGGAUUUGGUCUUUAAUUUCUACAAGGUCUACGCUAUCCUGGAUGAAGUCUUUCUCGCCGGCGAGAUUCAAGAGACAAGCAAGCAGGUCGUUCUCACGCGAUUGGAACACCUGGAUAAAUUGGAGUAG